AUGAACGUGCAGGUGGACAGGAAUCAGCCACGCACGCCCGCGACCGACAGCCGCGCGCUGCAGAACCUGAUCAAGAGCGAAAAGGCGUACGUCGACGACCUCCUGGGCGCCACGUCUGCCGCCUACGCGGCCGCCUCGUCCCUCCACGCCUGGGGCAUCUCCGAGACACCGGACCUGGAUCAUGCAUCGGGCAUCGUGUCGCAGGCACUCGAGUCCGCCGCGAACGCGCAAAAGACGUACGCACAGGCCCUCGAUCAGUACAAUGCGUCACUAAGAGACAUGCUCGAUCGCGAGCAGAGCAUCCGCAGCAUCGUGCGCGACCGCGACAUUCUCAUGAGCCGCGUCAUCAAAAUGACACAGCGCAAACCAACGCGUUGGGAACUGAUGAAAGGCGAGGAAGACCACCAAGCACGCGUCAUCGACGCCCAAAACGAGCUCCAGGCAUGCGAGCAGACACUCGCGAAUGAGACGACCGCUCUCGUGGCCGUCAAGCGCCGCACCUUCAAAGAGGCCCUGACAAUGCGCGCCAAGGUGCUGGGCGAUACGGGCGCCCGCAUGAUGGACAGCGCGCGCGAUAUCCUCGUGUUCCUCGACACAUUCGACGCGGACUACCCCGUCGCACCCGUGCCCAUCCAGCCGUAUACGAUGCCGUACCCGCCGCCGCCGCCACCCACCGUCGUCGGCCCCGCGGAUCAGCACGUGUUCUUGUCCGACGCCUCCGUCUUUCGCCACAUCAUGCCACAGGAAGCGCAGCCACAGCCGCUCAUCCAGCCCAGCGCGCAUGACCACGCGCUGGUGUACGAGCAGCCGCAGCUGCCGUACGAACAGGCCUGGACCGAACCUGCCGCCGACGCCGUGGCUCCAUCGCCGCUGCCAUCGAUGGAUCACUCGUCACUCAUGGCCUCGCCUGUGCCACGCUCGCGCUCCAGGACGAAGCGCUCAUCGAGCCUGUCGCGACACUUGCACGCUGCCUCGCUGCCGACCGUGCCCGGUGGCGUGCCCACCGCGCCGCGCAUGAACCUGGACCACGCUCGCGAUGGCUUCGUGGCGCCGGCCGUCCCGGGUGGCGUGCCGACAGCGCCGCGUCUCUUUGUGCACGACAACGACUCCGACGAGCUCAGCACGGCGGACACGUCCGUCGUGCAUCGUCCACAGCGGCAUCGCCGCGUCGCCUCGGACGAUGGACACCGACGAUCCCACUCGUCAGGCGGCGGCUUCUUCUCGCGCGUCUCGAAUCUCUUCCGCACCGACAUGGCCGGCGCGCCAUCCAGCUCCGACGCACUCCUAUCGCCCAGGAAGAGCAGCAGCAGGUCUGGCCGGUCGUCUGCGUGGCACAUGCGCGAGCACCGCGACAGCAGCGACGACGAGAUGCCCACGAAUGUGACGCGCCACGUGAACGAGCGUGUAGGUGCGAGCCGUGCCACGCCACGCAUGCCGAUCCGUUCUCGCGAGGAGCAGAUGCUCGACGAUGCCAUCCGGCAAAGCGUGAUUGGCGCCGGCAUCACCGCCCGGCCCUCCUCGCGCCAGUCAGACUCGUACGGCAUCUCCAAGGGCCCGCCGCCUGCGCAUGUGAUGCAUCAGCGCAAGACACGCAGCAGCUCCGUGGAUCUCGGUGCGCCGGGCGCCACGCGCAAAGUCAAGAAACGCGUGAGCUCCGACCGCGUAUCGUCGACAGGCUCGGCCGCCUCGACGCACUCGGUCAAGACGAAAAAGAAGCGUGAUCCAGCGACAGGUCAUGCAUUCCCACCGCCCGCUCCCUCGAGCUACUUCCAUCCAAGCAAGCAUGCGACCGAGUCAUGGGUCACGCGUCCUGAUCAGCUGGCACCCGGCGCCUCCAGCACACCUAGCUCGUCUCGUACCGCGACGCCGCUCAAGUCGGCUAUCAAGACCAAAAAGACGCCGAAGAAGAAGCAUAUCUCCAUUUCCGAGUCGCAGACGGACAUUCCCUUCAAGCUCGAACUCGGUCGGCCCGUCGACGGCACCGGCUCCCUCGGCAUGGACACGACGCCCGCGGCCGAGAGCCUGGCACCCGCUCUCUCGUACCUCCAGGUGACCGCGCCACCCAACCAGGCCGCGCCGGACACCGAGGCCUCUGAGAUUUACCGCGCGUUUUUGUCGGAAGGCAUCCCGACGUCUACGAAGGAGGCACCUGCGCCCGCAGCCGAGGCGCCGCCGCCUGCGGCGCCGCUCGCCCCCGCUCCGCUGGUGCGUGAGGAGACCACGCCCAGCCCCGGACCGUCCACGUGGAACACACGGAUCGGCCGGCGCGACGCGGACUCGAGCGACGAGGACGACGCGGCUCUCGGCGGCAGCGACUACUACUCAGCCCGCGCAGCCUUUGGCGAGUCGACGCGCCAUCUCGGCUUGGCUACGGGUGCGAUUCAGCCCAGCGAGGAAGGCGUCAAGAAAAAGGCCACGCGGACGUAA